AGCUUGCAUGCCCACAAGACCUAACAGAGCAGAGCCCAGUCAUCCUCUGUGGUUCACAGGCCCAGAGAACCUCUUUGUGGCUGGCCACAGGACCUAGAACCAUAUCACACAUUUUCUGGGUUUCUCCCCGGGGCGUGGCAAUGCAGGUCACCAUGGGCCUGUUGUCCCCAUGGCGUUGGGUGUGUGAGAGGUGGGCCGCAGGUCUUCUAUCUUCUCAGACCUCCAUCACUACGGUUGUUUGGACUUGGAGCCUUCCCAGGCUUCAGGCCAGAGUCCAUCAAGAGCCUCCCUCAGGAGGAGGCAGGGUAGAAGGCUCAGUGAAUAAAGUGUUCCUAGCCUGAGAAUGCUCAGAAAAGGCGAAUGCUACCCACUGCUGGGGGUGGGGUCAGGGAUCCCAGAGGGCUCACUGGCUCGUCAGUCUCAUCAAAAUGGCAACUUCGGGUUCAAUGAGAGACCCUGUCUCAAAAAUGACAAAGGUGGUGGGCAACUGAGGAACGAUCCUGCUUUCGAGCUCAGGCUACACAUGUGCUUGCACCGGAGUGUGCCUGCACACACACACACACACAUGCAAGAAGGCCAGGGUGUCCUUUGGGGAACGGGAAGCCUGCUGUGGGGUAACAGUCACAAGGGAAUGACACAGGUCUGCUGCCUCUGAGCUGGCUUCGCCUCUUGCUACAUCCGUUUCCCCCAGUUCCCCACUCAGGCUGUUGUGCGGCUGCAACUUCCCGGUUUCCAGUCCCAGCCCAGCUGUGUGGCUCCUCUGACUCUGGGUGCUCCAUGGAUGCACACACUCUGGGAGGCUGGCUGCUGGCUUGGUGUUCAUGGUCGAAGGCACACUUCUACCUCAGUGCAUCCAUAACAGCUCUGUGGCCCUGUGGGUUUGCCCUCACUGAAGAGCACUGACCUGUGACCCCUGGGCUACUUGUAUGAGGGUCCUUCUCACACCAAGUCAGAUCAGACCUGUGACACACCUCUCUGUUUUCUGAGGAUGCCCACCUUGACUAACUCAGUUUCUGCGUAGCCCUAGGCUUCCGUUCUAUACUCCACACACACAUCAAGGCCCCUGUUUACUGUAUGGGGUCCAAGGAUCACCAGAGCUGAGGGGCCCCUUGUCCCUCUGGUCCCCAGUGGGUACAGUCCAGCCUGUCCAAAGUGCAGGCAGCUGGACAGUGCUGAAUCCCAGUUUCCAGACACUAGGACCUCAAGGCCAGGAGUCUCCUGGCCUCCUGGGUGUAAGUUCCUCAGCGGAGACUGGCCUGACAAACGCCCUGCUGCCAGCGGAGAGGUACCCAAAGAGUGGGGCAGCUCUGCCCCAGCCUUCCUGGGACCCUUAGACUGAGCUGGGUGAGGUGAGGUAGCAACAGAUCUUGGACUGUGUGUACUAGGACCCAUCAGGACAUAGCUCUUAAGAGAGAAGGGAAAGUGGCCUAUCCACCAAGGUCCUACCCCGCACCCCGGUUGUCGGUUAUCUCCCAGUCCCUGGAACUAAACGAUUCCAGGCCACCUAGAACCUUCUCAGUCGCCGCCUUCCUCCCAACCCCUCCUCCCAGAACUCGGCGGGACGGGACGGCAGUGGGCGGGGCCACCACAGACCACGCCCACUCCCUGCCUUUCGGAGCUGGAGUGAGCUGCUCCCGCCCGCUGGCAGGCUCAGAUCCUAAGCCGGAGCUGAGCGACGCGCCCACCAGGGCAGGGGCUGGGAGAAGAGGCGUGGGGCCGAAGGAAGGACCAAGAAAGGAGUGCAGGAGUGAAGCCGAAUUUCAGGGCGUCUGGGAAAGCCGGAGCUCAAGUGUUACAUGGUCAUGGGUUCCAUGUUCCGGAGUGAAGAGGUGGCCUUGGUCCAACUCCUGCUGCCCACAGCAGCUGCCUACACCUGCGUGAGCCAGCUGGGCGAGCUGGGCCUCGUGGAGUUCAGAGAUCUCAACGCAUCUGUGAGUGCCUUCCAGAGGCGCUUCGUGGCGGACGUCCGGCGCUGCGAGGAGCUGGAGAAGACCUUCACCUUCUUGCAGGAGGAAGUACAGCGGGCUGGUCUGGCACUGCCCCCAGCAGAGGGGGCACUGCCAGCACCACCUCCCCGAGAGCUGCUGCGCAUCCAGGAGGAGACCGACCGCCUGGCCCGGGAGCUUCGGGAUGUUCGAGGCAACCAGCAGGCGCUGCGGGCCCAGCUGCACCAGCUGCAGCUCCACUCAGCCGUGCUGGGCCAGAACCACAACCCCCCGAUGGCAGCUGACCACACUGAGGGACCCUCCUCUGAGAGAACACCCCUGCUUCCAGCUGCUCGGGGGCCACAUGCAGACCUGAAGGUCAACUUUGUGGCAGGUGCUGUGGAACCCUACAAGGCUGCUGCCCUGGAGCGCCUGCUCUGGAGAGCCUGCCGCGGCUUCCUCAUUGCCAGCUUUAAGGAGACAGAGGGGCAGCUGGAGGACCCUGUGACGGGUGAGCCUGCAACUUGGAUGACCUUUAUCAUCUCCUACUGGGGUGAGCAGAUCGGUCAGAAGAUUAGAAAGAUCACAGACUGCUUCCACUGCCAUGUCUUCCCUUACCUGGAGCAAGAGGAAGCCCGGCAUGCGGCCUUGCAGCAGCUGCAGCAGCAGAGCCAGGAGCUUCAGGAGGUCCUGGGGGAAACGGAGCGAUUCCUGAGCCAGGUGUUGGGCCGGGUGCAGCGGCUGCUGCCACCAGGGCAAGUGCAGAUCCGCAAGAUGAAGGCCGUGUACUUGGCCCUCAACCAGUGCAGUGUGAGCACCACACACAAGUGCCUCAUUGCGGAGGUCUGGUGUGCCACGCGGGACCUGCCCACCCUCCAGCAGGCGCUCCAGGAUGGCUCAAGUGAGGCAGGAGUGAGUGCUGUUGCUCAUCGUAUACCCUGCCGGGACAUGCCUCCAACCCUCAUCCGGACCAACCGCUUCACCGCCAGCUUCCAGGGCAUUGUGGAUGCCUAUGGUGUGGGCCGCUACCGAGAAGUCAACCCUGCUCCCUAUACCAUCAUUACCUUCCCCUUUCUCUUCGCCGUGAUGUUUGGCGACGUGGGUCACGGACUGCUCAUGUUUCUCUUUGCCCUGGCCAUGGUCCUCACUGAGAACCGGCCAGCCGUGAAAGCCGCACAAAAUGAGAUCUGGCAGACCUUCUUUGGGGGUCGCUACUUACUCCUGCUCAUGGGUCUGUUCUCCGUCUACACCGGCUUCAUCUACAAUGAAUGCUUCAGCCGUGCCGCAGCCAUUUUCCCCUCGGGGUGGAGUGUGGCCGCCAUGGCCAACCAGUCAGGCUGGAGUGACAAGUAUCUGUCCCAGCACCCCAUGCUCACCCUGAACCCCAACAUCACUGGUGUCUUCCUGGGACCUUAUCCCUUUGGCAUUGACCCGAUCUGGAGUCUGGCCACCAACCACCUGAGCUUCCUCAACUCCUUCAAGAUGAAGAUGUCUGUCAUCCUUGGGGUCACCCACAUGGCCUUUGGGGUAUUCCUCAGCAUCUUCAACCACAUGCACUUUGGCCAGGCACACCGGCUCCUGCUGGAGACCCUUCCUGAGCUCGUCUUCCUGCUGGGCCUCUUUGGCUACCUCGUGUUCCUCAUUGUCUACAAGUGGCUUCAGGAGUCAGCUGCCAGCGCCUCCACGGCUCCCAGUAUCCUCAUCCACUUUAUCAAUAUGUUCCUCUUUGCCCAAAGCCCCACCAAUCAGCCGCUCUUCCAUGGGCAGGAAGUGGUACAGUAUGCACUGGUGGUCCUGGCUUUGGCCACAGUUCCUGUCCUGCUGCUGGGCACACCCUUGUACCUGCUGCGGCAACACCGUCGCAGAAAUAUUCAGAGGAGGCCAGUGGGCCGACAGGUAGAGGACAAGGACAGUGACAAGCUUCUGGCCUCUUCUGAUGCUUCCACUCCGGAGAAUGGCUGGAGCCCUGAUGAAGAGAAGGCUGGGAUCCCAGGGGAUGAUGAGGAAGCGGAGUUUGUCCCCUCGGAGGUCUUCAUGCACCAGGCCAUCCACACCAUUGAGUUCUGCCUGGGCUGCAUCUCCAACACAGCCUCCUACUUGCGUCUCUGGGCCCUGAGCCUAGCCCAUGCCCAGCUCUCUGAGGUCCUGUGGGCCAUGGUGAUGCGCAUAGGCCUGGGCAUGGGCCGAGAGAUGGGUGUGGCAGCUGUGGUGCUGGUCCCUGUGUUCGCUGCCUUUGCUGUCAUGACUGUGGCCAUCUUGCUAGUGAUGGAGGGGCUCUCAGCCUUCCUGCAUGCCUUGCGGUUGCACUGGGUGGAGUUCCAGAACAAGUUCUACUCGGGUACCGGCUACAAGCUCAGCCCCUUCACCUUCGCUGUUGACAAUGAGUAGCAUCCAUUGUGAUCCUUGCCUCCCCCAAAUCGGGAAAGGAAUAAAGAACUGGCUGGCCCAGGAA